GCACAACACCCCUCCAUUUUCUUUUCACAUGCAAUCAUGACCUCAAUAGCGGCCUCACUGGCCAAGGCGCUGCCGAAGCCGAAAUAUUCGGGUGAGGACGAGGAGUUGCCGACACACACGAAGACGCGAGGACCUCGUGUUGUCGGCGCCGAUUCUAUCGAAUCCAAACAAGUCACGUUAAAGAGACAUGGACCACCAUCGUAUGGUCAACGGAUCGGGUGGCGACCACGAUCCGCCGAAGAUUUCGGCGAUGGCGGCGCCUUUCCUGAAGUCGCGGUCGCCCAAUAUCCCCUCGAUAUGGGUAGAAAGAAUACUGGAUCAUCCAAUGCCCUGGCGCUUCAAGUCGACAGCGAAGGCAAGAUGAAGUACGACGCCAUCGCGACACGAGGGCAUGCCGAGAAUCGAAUCGUUCAAGCAAGCUUCAAGGACCUGAUCCCGCUACGACAGAGGGCAGAUGUGGGAGAAAUUUCAUUGGAGAGACCAUCGGAGGAGGAGGUCGCGGCCACAAAAGAAAAGACGGCUACGGCGCUCGCGAAGCUGGUGUCCGGUGCAGUGGCGGCGCAAAAGCCUAAGAAUGUGAAGGGGACAAGUCGAGUAGCGCCUAGUUUCGUGCGAUAUACGCCGGCAAAUCAGAUGGGCGACACUUCACAAAAACAAGACCGAAUCGUCAAGAUCGUGGAACGACAGCAGGAUCCUAUGGACCCUCCAAAGUUCAAGCAUAAAAAGAUCCCUCGAGGACCACCUUCACCACCGCCACCCAUCCUUCAUUCCCCUCCUCGAAAACUCACCGCCGCCGAUCAAGAAGCCUGGAAAAUUCCGCCACCGAUUUCCAACUGGAAGAAUCCGAAGGGUUACACCGUGCCUCUCGACAAGCGAUUAGCAGCCGACGGGCGGGGCCUGCAGGACGUUACGAUCAACGACAAAUUCAGUCAGUUUGCAGAAGCGCUGUAUACCGCCGAUCGCCAUGCUCGUGAGGAGGUGAAACAACGGGCACAGAUGCAGCAAAAGCUGGCCGAGAAGGAGAAACUUGCGAAGGAAGAGCAUCUCCGAGGGCUGGCACAGCGCGCCAGGGAUGAGCGCGCGGAAGCCGGGGCGAAGCGGCAGGGCCGGCGGCGUGGGUCCGACGAGAGUCGUCGACGGAGUCGAAGCCGCAGCGUCGACAGCUACGACGAGCGGUCGGCGUCCGAGAGUGAGAGCGAAGGAGAGGCGAGAGAGCGCGAGGAUGCACGGCGGGAGAAACGGCGGGAAAAUCAGCGAGAACUUCGGCAGUCGCGCAUGGGGACCGAAAGAAGACUACAGAUGCUGGCACGGGAACAAGGACGAGAUAUUUCCGAGCGAGUCGCGUUGGGGUUGGCGAAGCCGACGGCGUCAGGAGAGGCGAUGUACGACUCCAGGCUGUUUAACCAGCAGAGUGGAUUUUCGGCUGGUUUCAACGAAGAUCAAGCGUACGACAAGCCGUUGUUCGCGGCCCAAGAAGCCGUGAGGUCGAUAUAUCGACCGACCGUGGGCGAUGAUGACGGGGAGGAUGACGGAGAGACGAUGGACAAGAUCACUAAAACGAGUCGAUUUGAGGUUCUUGGGAGGGCCAAGGAAGGGUUCAAGGGUGCGGAUUCACAAGACGUAAAACGUGAGGGUCCGGUCCAGUUCGAGAAAGAUGACGAUCCGUUUAAUAUCGGUCAAAUGAUUGAAGACGUCCGAAAAGGGACAGCCGGCGAGGGCAAGAAACGUUAUGGGUUGGACGAUAGAGAGGAGGAAAGGAGUUCAAAGAAGCCUCGUAUUGAUGACGAUGAUGAAUAGAUCGGCUAUUGCGAGAGUUCCUUGGGUGCAUGCAAAUCGGCGCAAUCAGGAGAGGCAUAUUUCUCUUACUGGAGGGCAAACCGAUACUGGGAAUUCCGAGUGGCCUAUUUGAGCCUUGUAUUGAUAUCAGAAGCCGAACCAACAUCAGGUGCAAUCGCAGUCCGCGGAUGGUGAAGGUCAUUCGGGCGUGAGAGCUGCUCGUACAUGUAUAAACCGUUCAAUUUUAACUGACGAAUUCGCAUUAUCGUGAAACAGUGUCUUGGAUAUGAGGCACUAUUUCCAGCCAGCCCAUACAGCAAAUUUUACCGAAAAGCCAUUUU